GCCUCUCUGUGAUAUCCAAACUACAGGAAUUUUUCACUUUGAUUGGGCUUUAGGCCCAAAAAGAACAAGACAGGAAACAAACGAGGCCUUCCGGAUCUCAACUCGUCACUGCCUACCAGUGUUACAGAGACUACCUCCAUCGGCAUCGAUAUUGAACAUCCGGUGUAGGCAAAGAUGCAAGGAGGAUCAACGGGCAUUGGCUAUGGUCUCAAGUAUCAGGCUAGAUGCAUUGCGGAUGUGAAAGCAGACACAGAUCACACCAGCUUCAUUACUGGCACUCUCUCUCUCAAAGAGGAAAACGAGGUGCAUUUGAUUAGGCUCUCUUCCAGUGGCACGGAACUUGUAUGCGAGGGUUUGUUCUCGCAUCCUAACGAGAUUUGGGAUCUUGCUUCCUGUCCUUUUGAUCAGCGUAUUUUCUCUACCGUCUUCUCUUCUGGCGAGUCACAUGGAGCAGCCAUCUGGCAAAUUCCCGAACUUUAUGGCGAACUAAAUUCUCCACAGUUAGAAAAAAUUGCUUCUCUAGAUGCACACAAGUCAAAGCCUAAAUGCAUACUAUGGUGGCCGACUGGGAAACAUGACAAAUUGGUUAGCAUAGAUGAGCAGAAUCUCUAUCUUUGGAGUUUGGAUACUUCAAAGAAGGCUGCACAGGUACUGUCCCAAGAAUCAUCUGGAAUACUACAUUACUUAUCUGGUGGAGCGUGGGAUCCACAUGAUGUAAAUGUGGUUGCAUCCACAUGCAAAUCCUCAAUACAGUUCUGGGAUCUUCGAACAAUGAAGAAAACAAAUUCUAUUGAGCAUGGUCAUUUCCGUAGUCUAGAUUAUGACAGCAAGAAGAAGCAUAUGCUAGUUACUGCCGAAGAUGAAUCUGGAAUACAUAUAUGGGAUCUAAGAAAGCCAAAGGUUCCUGUUGUAGAUCUCCCUGGUCAUGCACACUGGACAUGGGCAGUUAGAUGUAAUCCUGAGUAUGAAGGGCUUAUUGCGAGUGCAGGGACAGAUUCGACUGUCAACUUGUGGUUUGCUUCUCCUAGCAGGGAUGAUUUAUCUGAGAGCUUUACAGAGUCACCUUUGAAGAGAGUCGAUCCAUUGCUAAAUUCGUACAGUGACUAUGAAGACAGUGUGUAUGGCCUGGCUUGGAGUUUUCGAGAACCUUCAUUGUUUGCUUCUUUGUCUUAUGAUGGGAGGGUGGUUGUGGAAUCUAUCAAGCCCUAUCUCACCAGGAAAUGAAUUUAAAUGAUUGUCGGUGGGCAAUCAAGUUGGAAGAUGUAAUCCUGCCUUAUUAUCGGUGGCCAUGUUGUGAUAACAUUAUGUUCAAUUGUGUGAGAGGGACUUUCAUUCUCUUCUGUAAUGUGACAAAAUUUCGAUCACUUUAAGAAACUAUCAACUCUGUUUUGUUAGGAUCGCUCUCUUGUGUUGCACAAAGUUUUAACUACAUAUAUGUCUUUUGGUUGGUGUAAUAAAGUACAGUGGUUUCUGUAGUA